GGCAAGAGCUUGAAUACUUGGGUCAUUUUGUCUCUCCGGAAGGCAUUCGUCCGUUGGCGGACAAGAUUCAAGCCAUCCAGGAGUGGCCCGAGCCGAAGAAUGUGACGGACGUCCGAUCCUUCCUYGGCUUGGCCGGUUAUUAUCAGCGCUUCAUCAAGGGUUACUCGAAGAUCGCGGCCAACCUAAGCAAGUUACAAAGCGAGGAGCGGCCUUUUGACUUCGACGACAAUGCGCGCCAUUCUUUUGAGACACUCAAAGCGGCACUCUUGUCCGCCGAGGUGUUACAUAUUUACAACCCGCUUCUAGCUGCGCGCGUCACUACCGAUGCAUCGGUCUAUGGCAUUGGGGCCGUCCUUGAGCAGCACGAUGGCACGGACUGGCACCCGGUCGAGUACUUUAGCAAGAAAGUACCUCCCGUGUAUUCGAUCGACGACGCACGRAAGAAGRWGCUUCUUGCCUUCGUCCACGCCCUCAAGCGUUGGCGACAUUUCCUCCUUGGUCGGAAAGCAUUCCGAUGGGUAACGGAUAACRAUCCGUUGGUAUUCUACAAGUCGCAAAACACGAUUAACAGUACCAUUGCCCGUUGGAUGGCUUUCAUCGACCAGUUUGACUUUUUCCCCGAUCACAUUCCCGGGAAGUCAAACCGUUUUGCGGACGCCCUCUCAYGGCGACCGGAUCUUUGCACCGCAGUCUACUCUAUCUUCGAGAUCGACGACAACUUGUGGGAGAGCUUCAUCCGCGGCUAUCAAGCCGACCCCCACUUUCGCGACAAGUACGCGAAUUGCUACUCUCCAAAUCCAGUGCCUUCGCAUUAUCGGAUCCAAGAGGGCUACUUGUGCAUUCACGGGCGGUUCUAUUGGCCCGACCUUCUCAAGGACGCCACCCGCUAUUGUGAGUCGUGCGAAGUCUGUCGGCGUUGCAAGGCACGCAACCAUCGUCCGUUCGGCGAGCUACACCCAUUUCCAGUGCCCCUUGGGCGACGGGAAGCAAUUGCUAUGGAUAUCACCGGCCCCUUCCCGAAGCACAAGACCGGCGUUGAUGGGAUCCUCACGGUCGUCGACCGCCUCACCAAGUACRCCAUGUUUUUGCCUUGCCGCUAUCACGCAAAGGCACCGGAGUUAGCCGAGGUCUUAUACACCGGUUGGAUUCGCUCCAAGGGCUACCCCAAGGAGAUUGUUUGCGACCGAGACACCCGCUUUCUCUCUGACUUUUGGGUCGCCCUCGUCAAGCGAUGGGGCUCAUCCUUGAAGCCGAGUUCGGCUCGCCACCCACAAACCGAUGGUCAAACGGAAAGGGCGCAUCAGACCGCUCAAGUCCUUCUCCGCACUCUCAUCCGUCCCGACCAGGUUGAUUGGGUUGAACGCUUGCCAGACGUUGAGUUGGCUUACAACUCAUCGAUCCACCCGGCUAUCGGGAUGUCGUCGUUCGAGUUUGAGCAUGGUUCACCCAUCUCAUCGCCGCUGGACGCUACUUUGUCGCGCACAGCCGAGAGCGACGACCAUCUUGCGUUCCUUCGUCGCAUGCAAGAGCUUCUUGUCAAGGCACGAGAUCAGAUGUCRAAGACGCAAAUACGGAUGAGCCGUCAAGCCAACCGCAAUYGCCUUCCUUGCCCGUUCCGCGCCGRCGAUCUGGUUUGGGUCUCCGCAGCGGAGUUCAGCCUUGAGCAAGACAUCUCUCGCAAGCUCCUUCCCAAGUGGAUGGGGCCUUGGCGCAUUCUCUCUGCAGCUGGUGAUGAUCCCGAGGGGCCCUCAUUCCGCAUCGCGGUGCCACCUCACUUGCCCGUCCACACGGUGUUCCACUGUUCCAAACUCGCUCCUUUUGUUUCAGCGGAGUUCGACGAGUUUCCCGGUCAGAGGCCGGCUACAUCAUCACCAACCGGCGCCAUGGCAACAAAGAAACAGAGUUUCUACUUCACUUUUCCUACUGCAGCCACAAGGCUGACCGUUGGCUGACGC